UCCUCUCCUCAAACUUUGGAGACUUUUUGCGCCUCAGCGGAGACGCGUUUGGGAUUUAGCUGGUUCGGAGUCUUUGUGAGUUUCUUCAUUCAGAAAAAGAAAAAUCCGUUUUUCCUGAGAGUUUGCAGAGAGUCAGAAUGAUCCUGCGGGGGGAUCAGCCGCCGCUGCACUGAGAACAUGGGGGUUUUGCCUCGUCAGGGAGGUGGAAGGUGGAGGCUCCGCCACGUCGUCCUCUUUGUUUUGCUGUGGAUGGUUCUGCACCGGACCGCUCCAGUUCUGGGCUGCGGCUCCAUAAACUGUUACGUGGUGCUGACUGAGGCCCAGGGCGAGUUCAGGUCACCCUGCUACCCCCAGAAAUACCCCAACUCUCACACCUGUAAGUGGACCAUGCAAGCGCCGACCGGCUUCAUCAUCCAACUCUCCUUCUUGGACUUUGAAUUGGAAGAGGCACAGGACUGCAUGUAUGACCGGGUCGUGGUGAACACCGGUAGCACUGAAUCAAAGUUUUGUGGUCUGACGGCCAGUGGUUUGACACUAAACUCGACAAGGAACGUGAUGGAGGUUUCUUUCAUCUCUGACUUCAGCAUACAGAAGAGGGGCUUCAUGGUUAGCUUCCAACACGUGGCCGUGGCUUUGAGGAACCAAAAGGUGAAAAUCCCAAAUGGUAAUGGACAAAUUGCAGAGGUCAUCAACUCCGUUUCCAUACCGGCGCUCAAUGAAUUGACCGUAUGCUUUGAGGUGGAAAGAACAGGCUCCAGUCAGACAGAAUGGCUCUUCACCUACUACGACAGCAAUAACAACGUGGUGUUAAGCUUUGGCUACAAUCAGACGGGCAUGGAAAUGGUUAUUGACGGAGUGGUCUGCCCAGUAGAGUCAAUCAUCUCUGUUGCUGAGUUCACCUCUUCCAUGAAGUUCUUCUGUGUCCUCUGGAUGUCCUCAAACAGUCGUGUGGCUGCUUACUUCGAUAGGCGCUACUAUGGGAAGACCUGCUCGCCAUCUAGUGGCCACUCUGUGCCAGCUGGAGGAGUCUUCAAGUUAGGAGGGCUGCAUAGUUUCAAAGGGAACAUGUACAACCUGCGCCUGUGGGAUCGUGCCAUGACAGUACAGGAGCUCAACAGCUUGACCUGCGACAUGGUGGGGAACAUCAUCGACUGGGACAACAGCCAGUGGACCAUCUCGUCCUCUCUUGCUCAGACUGACAACACACUUAGCUGCAUGUGCUAUCCUCAUUGCAUUCAUUUAACUGCUGCUGCGCCCACUAGUGGUUCCAACCCGGCUACCGGCUGCGACUCCGGCGGACUGGGCUGCUCAGCUGCUUCCUCUCCCACCACCUCAUCCACUGACUCCACUAACACCAGCCAUGCUACUAACGCCAUCUCCCACGCCUUCCUUCCUCCCAUCUCUUCUACCUCCACCUCCACCCCUAGCAUUCCUCUAACCCCAGCCAUCAGCACCAACUUUAGCACCAGCAGCUCUUCCAGCUCCUCCUCGUCCUCUGCUUCUGCCUCCAUCAACACCAGCGCUACUUCACCUUCCUCCACCACUGCUCCCAUUGCUUCACCCAGCAGCACACAUGCUGAACAGACAACCAGCAUCACUGCUGCCGUUUCAUCUGCUAGCACUAACCAUGCAGAUACUAACAGCACAGCGCUUGUUUCUUCUUUCGCUUCUUCACCUGAACCUCUUCCAGGGACGACGCUCCAGCUGCCGUUUCUAACCACCAACCAUCCGUCGACUAACAAAGCCGAUGUUUCUUCUCUGGUGGAGAGGAGUUCUGCAAAAUACCCCAAUUCUCCAAGGCCCAAACAUCUGGCGGUUGACCUUCAUAAAACUCUAGCUGGUGGAUUAACUCCUGGAAGAAACUUUGGACUUUUUCAAACGAUCAGAAGAACCCGGCGUGCGUUAUCGUCCAACCCCCGUUCUCUAACGUCCAGUCAGUUCAGUCCUACAGGUCAAAACUCCAGACCUCCAAAGUCACAGCAUCAACCCAGAAUUGUUGCUCCAGCCCCAGGUCCAGCCUCGCCAGUGGAUCCGUCACAUUCACGGCCCCCCGCUGCCUUCUGGGGUUCAGCUUUCUAUCACAGCCCCAAACACUCCCUGGGGUUCAUCUCUACCCCUCUGAGGAAAAGGCCGAGCGGAGGAAGGCGACCAGCAGCCACCCGAGCGACUCCCAGCAGGGUGGAGGUUCGUGUGACAAAACCUUCCCCUCUAAAGACCGGACUGAGGUCGACAGCCAGGCCUUCCUCUAGGAACACCUCUCCCAUGUUGGGAAAUCAGCUUAACAGUUUGAUUUCCACAGCAAAGUCUUCAUCUUCCACCCAUAACAGCACAACAGUCAAGAUUCCCACAACCAGUCGAGACUCUGAAACUCUUCUUGCACCCAUACCAUCACGGGCCUCGUCUCCACGGCAACAUAAAGAUGGUUUGUUCUACAGGGUUUCCUUCACGGUGGAGUCUGAGCUCAACCUGCAGGCGGUGCAGCGAGCCGCAGCGCUCUGGAUUAAUCAAACUUUCCAGAACUGGACACAUUCUUUGGAUUAUAUCAGCUGUUUUUCCGGAUUUCAGCAGAACGCAGCUUUGAACAGUUACACCUGCCAGGCGCUGCUGAUGAUCACCAAUGAGAGUCUGGGUGAAGCCGACGUGUUGGCCCAGCUGAUCAACAACCCGGCCGGGACCAGCCUGCUGGGCCAGGCUGCCUACAUCAACAUUCACCAGAUCGAGAACUGCCCAGAGGACAACAACCUUCACUACCUGUGGCCUGAGACCAAACCCAGAGUCACUCACUUCCUGCCUUGCUUCCCCAACAAGGACCAGAGCGCCUCCAGAACCUGUUUGAUAAACACAGAAACCUUCCAGUCUGACUGGUCGACUGCAAACCUCACCAACUGCUCAGUUACUGCAGAAAAUGCGGCUGGCGUGGCGGAGCAGCUGGAAAACUUCACCAGGAACUCUCUGUCCAAUGAGGAGGUGUCUCAGGUUGUGACGAAGGUCCAGGAACUGGUCAAUGUUGCCAAGAUUGACACGGCGGUGGCCGGAUCGGUCGUCCAGAUCAUCUCUAACGUCAUGGUCAGCUCAGAGAAAGCCUCCAACAUAGCUCUGAAAGCUGUGGAUGAACUGGCUCAGAAGGUGGAGUUCGAUGGGCCGUCGGUGAACAUCAGCUCUAAAAACCUGGCUCUGGGCGUCCUGGCGCUCGACUCCAGAUUGUUCAACGGGACGUCAUUCAGCGCCUUCUUCCCUCCAAACUCCUCCGACCCCAUGAUCGGGUUCGACCGGACGGCCAACCCGUUGGCUCAGGUCACGCUUCCCGCCUCCCUGCUGUCCGGAGUCUCUGAGGACGUUUUCAGCCGGUCGUCUCUGUCCAGGAUCAACUUCAUGUUCUUCAGCAGCCCCAGCCUCUUCAUGAAAGAGCAGAAAGGUUUGUCUCUGAACAGUUAUGUGGUGGCCAGCAGCGUCGGGAACCUUUCCAUCACGGACCUGCAGGAUCCGGUGAAGAUCGAGAUUUCCCAUCUGUCUGAUCAGGCGUCGUUUCGUAGAGAGUGUGUUUUCUGGGACUUCAGCAUGAACAGGGGCGACGGAGGCUGGAAUAACAGCGGCUGCAGCAUUUCUAAAGAGUCGACCUCCAGCAGAAGCGUCUGCCUCUGCAACCACCUGACCCACUUCGGCAUCCUGAUGGACAUUUCCCAGACGUCCUUUAUAAUAGAUCCAGAGAACAAGAAGGUUCUGACGUUCCUGUCCUACAUUGGCUGCGGCAUCUCGGCCAUCUGCUCGGCUGCCACGUUGCUCACCUACAUCGCCUUCGAGAAACUGCGGCGGGAUUAUCCGUCUAAGAUCCUGAUGAACCUGAGCACGUCGCUGUUGUUCCUCAACAUCGUGUUCCUGUUGGACGGCUGGCUCGCCAGUAUGGUCCACAGCGAGGGGCUGUGCAUUUCCGCAGCCGUCCUGUUGCACUACUUCCUGCUGACGUCCUUCACCUGGAUGGGCCUGGAGUCGGUGCACAUGUACAUCGCUCUGGUCAAAGUCUUCAACACCUACAUACGCAGAUACAUCCUCAAGUUCUGCAUCGUGGGAUGGGGUUUACCUGCAGUGCUGGUGGGAAUCGUUGUCACGGUGAAUAAAAACUUUUACGGCGUCUUGAAGGACCACACCGAUGAAUCUGCAAUGAUGUGUUGGAUCAAGGAGAAGAGUGUUUUCUACUCAACCUGCGUCGGUUAUUUCUGCCUGAUGUUCCUGCUCAACGUGGCCAUGUUCAUCGUGGUGAUGAUGCAGAUCUGCGGCCGCAACGGCAAACGCAGCAACCGCACCCUGCGAGAAGAGAUUCUUCGGAACCUGCGGAGCGUGGUGAGCCUCACCUUCCUGCUGGGGAUGACCUGGGGCUUCGCUCUGUUCGCCUGGGGACCCGUCUACCUGACCUUCACCUACCUGUUCACCAUCUUCAACUCCCUGCAAGGUCUCUUCAUAUUUAUCUUCCACUGCGCUCUGAAGGAAAACGUGCAGAAGCAGUGGAGAAGGUACCUCUGCUGUGGCCCCUACAGGCUCUCAGAAAACUCAGACUGGAGUAAGACGGCCACCAACAACACCAAGAAGGUGAGCUCAGACAACCUGGCCAAGUCGCUGUCCUCCAGUUCCUUCGGCUCCAGCACCAUCAACUGGACCUCCAAGGCCAAAGCCACGCUGACACCGUUCUCCAAGCGAAACAGGAACACAGACAAAUGUUUCCCCAACCAGACCAGCCCCAAGUGCGUCUCUUCAUCCUCUUCCUCCUCGGAUGUGGAGCCCAACUCCUCUUCCUCCUCCUCCUCCUCCUCCAUCCUCCCUGUCAGUCAGAUGAUUGACAAGGUGAGAGAUUAUUGCUCCACGCGCACCGACAACUUCUACAAAAACAUCAUCAUGUCCGACAGUUUCGCCAACUGCACCCGGCUCUAGAGCUGCAUCUCCAGGUUCUGGAAGACUUUUUCUUUUUGUAAAUAUUCACGACAGGCUUUCAUCCUGGGACGCGCCUCAUUCUGGAGCAUCUUCAGGUUUCUCUGUUGUUGCCACCCAGAGGAGAUUGUUUUCAAUUUAAAGGAGCUUGGGGAAUCUUUGCAGAUCGGACUGGGAACGUCUUCUGGAACGUUUCCUUUUCCUCCUGGGAAAAUGGAUCAGUCUUUACGCCGUCCUAUAACGCACCUACAGUCUUAAGGAACAUGUUUUAUUUUAUUGUUUUCUUGUGUUAUAUUUGUUAGUUUGGUAUUGUAUAAGUAGUAGGAGUUUAACAAUGUGGAAAUCAUUUAGGUCAAGAAAUUUGUUCAAGCUCAACUCAUUAAAACAAAAUCAGUGACAUUCAAAUCUAGUCCUGUCCUCAAGAUUUCAGUAAAUUAUAACAGAAUCAAUAAUUCCCCCAAAAAAACUUUACUGCAACCCAGAAGAUUUUCUGAUGACCAGGGAACAAAGUGUCUGAUGGGCAGAGAAACAAAAUAAAUGAUUAGAACAUAGAAGUCCACUGCAAACCCUGAGAAGUAAAAAAAUAGUUUUUCAAAAUGUUUGGUGAGUCCAGAGCUGAGAGCUUCUGGUUUCUACAUGGAGGGUCUUUCCUGGUGGUUAUUGGUGGUGGGCUUUAAUUAUUAUAUAUAUAUUUACAUUAGUCUAAGAUGAGACUGAGAACAUGAAUUAGAAAUAAAUAUCUCGACCUCAAUUACACAUUUUUCACUGACAAAAUCAGCUCAAUAAAAGACAAUAAAUCAUGUAAACAGAAAACCAAAACUAUAACAAUUGAACUGAUUUAAACCACUUUCUGAACAUGUUGGAGUUGGUUUGUUAUGGUGUCGUUUGUAAAAUCACACUGUUAAAAAUGAACAGCAACAAUUUGGUUUAUAAAGCCAAAAUUGUUUCAGUCGCAUGUUCACUGUUUAAAACUAAACAUUUAAUUAGAACAAAACUAAAUAUUUAGCUUUAAUAUAAGUAUUUACUUAACAAGUUAAGUAGUUAGAUUCUAAAUAAAUAUAUGAAGUAUUUAGCUGCAAACUAAGUGUUUAGUUAGGAAGGUAAAUGCUUAGUUAGCCUGAGUGAUGAGUGGAAGUAAUUUUACAAGCCUUCAUGUCACUUCUUUAUUAUAGAGUUUCUUCCUUUUCUUAUACAAUAUUUCACCUUAAAACAAAGAAUUAGUCACAUUAUUGACAAUGGAGAUGUUCACUGAUUGUUCUGGAGGUUCACAAGAUCCAGCUUUUAUUUUGAUAUUCCAAAUAUCAGCUGAAUAUUUAGAUAGUUUGUAAACAACUAAUGGAGAGCUGGCUAAAUAUUAAUCCACCUGAGAGCUAAAUAUUUAGUGUGAAGUUUAAUACAUCGUUGGUAAACUGAACAUUUAGCUCGGUAUAUUUGAUUUUUUAUAAAUGAAUGCGUAACAUGAUGAAAUUAUUUAUUGACUAAAUAACCCAAAAUAUUGCUGGUCAUUUUUGACUGCAUGUGUUUUAUUAUUUCAGCUUUAAUAUAAAAACUUUUCUGUAUUUCCUGAGAGGUUGAGAGCUAAGUAGUGGUUAAUAUGGUGACAUAUUUACGUGUUGUAUAAAUUAUUUUCUGGCAGUAAGUAUGUUUUUAAGUGUUACGGAAACAUCUGGCAGUGACCACAAGGUGCCUGCUGGAUGUCAUGAAGCUGAAUUCAUUCACCGUUGAGGAUCUGCUGCUGCUGCUGCAGACAAAAACCUUUUCCAAUAAACUCGGAGAGGAAUGCUACUCAUCACUUUAAUAAUCUGUUUGUACACACAGAAUAAGCUAUAAAGAGAUUUAGCUGAUUUAGCUUCUGCCUCCACCAUGCAGCUCCAGAUACACAGAAUACUUUGGAUGAAUUUCACUAGAACCAAAUGAUCUUUUACAAAGUCUGCAGAACACAAAAUCCCUCCUGGAAUCGGUUUGAGACGCGUCAAGUCACAGGAACAAAGCUUGAGUUAAAAAUGACCCAUCAAACCACCCAGUUUUUCACAUCCAGGCGUCUCCAGGAUGAUGAGGUGCUUCAGUUUGGAGCCACAGGGUGGUCAGAGACGCUGAUGCGAUCCUACUGUAUCACAUAACCGCCGGACUGUAAAAAAAGGGAAAGAGUCGGAGUCAGGUUGGAGAAAAAUGGGCUGUUAUGUUCUGUUGUCUUUUUUAAUACUGUGAUGUUUGUUUGUGGAGCCAUAUCCUCUGUAAAUAGUGAUCUCUCUGCUCGAUGUGCCUAAUUCUGUGGCCAUGAGAUCUGUGGAUGCAGGAACGCUGCAGUCCGGAUCGUUGUGAAGCUCCGACUGCACAGGAGAACGGAAGAGACGGGAAAGACGAAACAGAUUUCCUCUGAUUCAUAAAGCUUAGCAUCACGUUUGGUUCAGAUUAGACUUUUGUGUUGUUAGGAAACUGAUCUGUGUUUUGCAUCUUUGAUUUUUCUCUGCAGCUGUUUGGGUGAAGAUUAAAUAAAUACACUUUAUUGUUACAUAAGCAGACUUUUUCACCUUAAUGCUGCUUCAUUUUACAUCUGAGAAAUGAAAGCAGAAAGCCCGACCAACCGCAAAUGGAGGCUCAAUCAGUCUUUGUUUUUUCUGCCAUGUGAGUUUGAAAUCUGGCAGCUUGAACAUGGAAAGAAUCGUUUUAGGGUGAAAAACUGUGAUUCCUCUGCACAACAGGAUGAAAAAUGAGGAAUUAUUGGGGACUUUUUCACAGAGCUGCGCAUGAAAAGUCUUUUUCUUGUAAUUUUCAAUGUCUGUGAGGCAGAAGGAAUAAAUAAACUCAAUCAGUCUUAGAAGCAGGAACCUGUUUUAUGUCUUUGGCUUAAACGUUGACCGCAGUCUCUGAGAAUUAAAGGUUCAUUUCGCCCAUCUCAGUGGGCCAGUUUUCUGAUAUUUCCCACUGGAAGAGGUUUACAACAAGGGCUAGGAAACCCAAGAACCUUGUUUUUGGGGAAAAUUGUAACGAUUUUAGCACCACAAGUGAAAUCCCAUCCAGGUUCCUCUGUGUGUUGGCAACGGUUUUAGCUAGUGGUACCUUAAAAAGGGUCAAGUUCUGCUUUUCUAUGACUUUUACCAAAUAAGCCAAAUAUUCACAUUGAACACUCUUUCCUGAAGGAAAACAUCGCCCCUGCAGCUUUGGCUGCAAAAACAUUCAAAAUAAAGGUUAUGGAUAAUUAAUGACCCCCGACUAUUUCAGACUUUUUGUCUCGUCACUGAUCUGUUUUUUUUUACAGCAUAUAAAAUUGAUAGGUUUUUAUGUAAUAAAGUAUUCUUUAUCUUCAAUAUGAUAUUUUUAAAAGACUCUUCUGUUCCAGUUUUGAAAUAAAAGAUUUAAGCUGAAGUAUCGUUGGAGUAAAUCGUGAACUCUGAUGACAGAAAACAGUUUGUAAAAGCAGAGAC